AUGUCCGAGCCUCACCGUCUGCAGUCGUUCCACAUCAAGAAAAACAGUGUAACAAACCGUUUCUCUGUUUACGUCAGAACUCCGGAGGAAUAUGAUGGCUCUGAGGUCACGGAAACAUCGGACGCGAUACCAAGUGACCCGUCUAACCUAAUAGAAGGUAUCAUUUUACGCAACAUACUAUUGUGCUUUCACCUUCUCAAUCAUCAAGGGAGGAGGUACAUCAACACUCGCGAGGCCAAGGCCCAUGUAAAGGAUGAAUUUUCAGACAAUCCGGGUUUAUUGGAGCUAUUAGAGAACGUGCUAGUGGUUGUUGGCGGUGGCGACGAGGACGGUAACAUUGGAAAGAACGUCUUCAUCCAGAAACUAGAAUGCGUGAUAGAGGCAUUGGCACCUGACGAUAGUGCAGUCCUAAGCCAACUGCGUAAUCCAUCUAACCGCAUCACUGAAUACUUCGAUUCGCUCGGGGAGGCGGGAUCUCCAACUAUUGGUGGCGACAGUAGUUCGCCGGUACCUACCACGGAUCACUCGGGUUCCCCGUCAUCGCAGUUUAAUAUAACGGCGGUAUCGCACAAUAAGGACGCAGGUUCUGUAUUGGAUUUAUUAGACAGUGAAUGCACCUUCAAACCGGUGACCAACACACAACGUUAUCGUGGACGCAAGGAUGCGGAUCACGUGGACCUGAAACAAGAGAUAGAGGAUAUGCAUCGGUUCAAAUGUGGUAGGUCAACGAAAGUUGCUUGGAAUUACAAGUAUAAUCAGAUGCCGUUGCGGGCAGUGGUCUCAACGAGUAUAUAG